AAAAAGAGAGAGAGAGGAUCUUCCUUGUAAUACAUAAAAAAUCUUUCUUUCCCCUUUCUUUUUUUUCCAUAUGAAUCUUCCUAAAAUAAAACGAAUACCGUCUUUUGCUUAUCCUUUGAAAGGAGUUUAUUUCUUUUUAGCCCAUCCAAAGGAACUAUGGUUAAAAACGCUCAGUCCUAUUGUAUUGUCAAUCAUCUUUAGCACUUUCUCUAUUGGAUUUUCAUUAAAGGUACUUUUGCCUGGACAUGUUGAGAAGUUAAUCGAAUGGCACUGGCCACACUGGAUGUCUUGGUUCGUUUCUGUCAUUUCUGUUGUCCUCGAGAGUGCCAUCAUCAACUUGCUGUUCUUUGCCAUUUUGGUGCCCAUCUUUCAGGAUGCUGUGUUUGACGCUACCUUAGAAGCUAGAGGAUUAGGUCAUCUGUUAGAUGAUACCGAGGAUAUACCAAAGCUUGUCAUUUGUUGGCGUAAUAUAAGGUCAAGCAUCUUGGUAAAUUGGUUACUGAUUAUGGUCAAGAUCUUACUUUUGAUUCUCACAUCUCCUUUUCAACUGGUGCCUAUUGUUGGUACAGCACUGGCUUGCUAUAUCAGUGGAUGGCCAACCGCUUGGAACCAGCACCUGCAUUAUGAUAUUGAAAUCCGCGGACUCAAAGUAUCCGAAUCAUACCGCUAUGCAAAAGAACAUAAAUGGGACUAUGCCAACUUUGGCUCCGUUGCGUUUGCUUUGGAAAUCUUGCCCGUAUUUAAUAUCUUUUUCGUAUGGACAAACAUCGUAGGCGCUGGUUUAUGGGUGGCCGCUACCUACGAGCACGAAAAUGAUCAGACAGCCGAGGAAGAAGAGAGCGUACCUUAUCCUCCUGCAAAGAAACCCACGACAGCAACAGCCACAGAACAAACCCCACUUCUCCAAUAAUAAAAUGCCCCAAAAGAUUCUAUACCUGUCAAUUGAUUAAACUGUAGCACAGUUGACACCUAUUAAGGGACGUUUGUGUAAUGUUGCAUUUUUAAAAAAGAAAAUUGCAUGGCUUA